AUGGAGCGCCUCAGGCCGGCCGCCGUCUCCCCACUGCGGAUGUUGGGCGGUCGUCGCGGCACCAGCUGUUGCCGCCGCCACCAGCCGGAGGUGCUGAGGCAGCUGCGGCAGAUGCACCUGCUGCCCGCCGCCCGGACCGGCAAACGCAGCCGAUCGGCAGCGCCGUCGGUGGCGCGGGAGGAGAGCGAUGCCUCGCCGCUGCAGGAAUGCUGGGCGCCGGACCUGAGCACGGCCAGCGCCAGCACCGAGGCGCCUCGACUCAACGAGUCGACGCGCGUCCACCAUGGUUCGUCGCGCGCUGCGCCCAGGAACGCUGAGGAUCGACACAGCAAAUCGCACGUCUUCCUGAGCAAAAUCGACUGCAUGUCCGACCCCUCCGAUAAGCUGGACCACCUGCAGCACAAGCUGUUGGACCUGCGUCAGCGCGUGCUGCUCAGCAUGUACCGGCGGCAGCGGAGGCGCGCCGUCUCGGAGGCGCCGCGCGGCCAGCAGCUGGCCGACCAGCACAGGGAGCUGGCGAGCGACUCGGGGUCGCCAGCUCCGGUGACCGCCACCCAGCGCGCCGCCAGCGAGUACCUGCACCAGCUCAGCCACAUGCUGGCCAAUUCCGCGCACCGUGACGAGGCGAAGACUCGCGACACCUCGCGGGGCAGGCACCGGCAGCGCGCGCACAGCCCGCCCACCAAGGACCCGAGCGCGUGCGUGCGCCGGUCGAGCCGCCACCAGCCAGCCGCAGUCAGCGCGCCUGGGAGCCAGAUGGAGCGGUUCGCCCGUAACGAGUCGAAGCUGGUAGAGCUGCAGUCGUACCUGGGCGGCAUCCGACACCACCUGCAGCGGAUGGCGUCCGAGCUGGACUCGCCGCCGGUCCGGCCGGAGUAG